AUGUCAAAAAUUAGAAGGAAGGUCACGGUGGAAAAUACCAAGACCAUAUCUGAUAGCACAUCCCGAAGACCCAGUGUAUUUGAAAGGCUCGGACCCAGCACUGGCAGUACAGCAGAGACACAGUGCCGUAACUGGCUGAAGACUGGCAACUGCCUCUAUGGAAACACAUGUAGAUUCGUACAUGGCCCUUCACCCCGUGGUAAAGGUUAUAGCAGCAAUUAUAGAAGGUCACCAGAAAGACCUACAGGGGAUCUUAGAGAAAGAAUGAAGAACAAGCGCCAAGAUGUGGACUCUGAGUCCCAGAAACGAAAUACAGAGGAGUCAUCCUCACCUGUUAGGAAAGAAUCUUCAAGAGGGAGACAUAGGGAAAAGGAAGACAUAAAAAUCACUAAGGAGAGAACUCCAGAAAGUGAAGAAGAAAAUGUAGAAUGGGAAACUAAUAGAGAUGAUUCUGACAAUGGAGAUAUUAAUUAUGAUUAUGUUCAUGAGUUGUCCUUGGAAAUGAAGCGUCAAAAGAUACAGAGGGAAUUAAUGAAGCUGGAACAAGAAAAUAUGGAGAAAAGAGAAGAAAUUAUUAUUAAAAAGGAGGUUUCGCCAGAAGUGGUUAGAUCAAAGUUGUCUCCAUCACCUUCUCUAAGAAAGUCUAGCAAAUCUCCAAAGAGAAAAUCAAGCCCUAAGUCAUCAUCUUCAACUAGCAAGAAAGACAGGAAGACAACUGCAGUAUCUUCUCCAUUGUUGGACCAACAGAGGAAUUCAAAAAGCAACCAAAGUAAGAAGAAAGGACCUCGAACUCCUAGCCCACCCCCUCCUAUACAGGAAGAUAUUGCUCUGGGGAAAAAAUACAAAGAAAAAUAUAAAGUGAAAGACAGGAUAGAGGAAAAACCAAGAGAUGGAAAGGACAGAGGACGAGAUUUUGAAAGACAAAGAGAAAAAAGAGACAAGCCAAGGUCCACCUCCCCAGCAGGACAACAUCAUUCUCCAAUAUCUUCUAGACAUCACUCUUCUUCCUCACAGUCAGGAUCGUCAAUUCAAAGACAUUCUCCUUCUCCUCGCCGAAAAAGAACUCCUUCACCAUCUUAUCAGAGGACAAUAACCCCACCUUUACGCCGCUCUGCUUCUCCCUAUCCUUCACAUUCUUUGGCUUCUCCUCAGAGAAAGCAAAGCCCUCCAAGACAUCGCUCUCCAGUGAGAGAGAAGGGGAGGCACGAUCAUGAGCGAACUUCACAGUCUCACGAUCGGCGUCAUGAAAGAAGGGAAGAGACUAGAGGUAAAAGGGACAGGGAAAAGGACACAAGAGAAGAACGAGAGUAUGAACAGGAUCAGAGCUCUUCUCGAGACCACAGGGAUGACCGAGAACCUCGAGAUGGGCGGGAUCGGAGAGAUGCCAGAGAUACUAGAGACCGAAGGGAACUAAGAGACUCUAGAGACAUCCGGGACUCCAGGGAGAUGAGAGAUUAUAGCAGAGACAACAAAGAGAGCCGUGACCCCAGGGAUUCUCGGUCUACUCGUGAUGCCCAUGACUACAGGGACCGUGAAAGUCGAGAUGCUCAUCGAAAGGAGGACACGUAUCAGGAAGAAUCCCGAAGUUAUGGCAGAAACCAUCUGAGAGAAGAAAGUUCUCGCACUGAAAUAAGGAAUGACUCCAGAAAUGAGUCUCGAAGUGAGAUUAGGAAUGACCGGAUGGGCAGAAGUAGAGGAAGAGCUCCAGAGAUGCCUGAAAAGGGAAGUCGAGGCACAAGAGGUUCUCAGAUUGAUAGUCACAGCAGUAGUAGCAACUAUCACGACAGCUGGGAGACGCGAAGCAGCUACCCUGAGAGAGACAGAUACCCUGAGAGAGACAGCAGAGAGCAAGCAAGAGAUUCUUCCUUUGAGAGAAGACACGGGGAGAGAGACCGUCGUGACAACAGAGACAGAGAUCAAAGACCAAGCUCACCAAUUCGACAUCAGGGAAGGAAUGACGAGCUUGAGCGUGAUGAAAGAAGAGAGGAACGAAGAGUAGACAGAACGGAUGAUAGAAGAGACGAAAGGGCUAGGGAGAGAGACCGGGAACGGGAGCGCGAGCGGGAGAGAGAGCGCGAGCGCGAGCGGGACCGGGAGAGAGAGAAAGAAAGGGAAUUGGAAAGAGAGCGGGCGCGGGAGCGGGAGCGCGAGAGAGAAAGAGAGAAGGAGAGAGACCGGGAGCGAGAGCGAGACCGGGAGCACGACCGAGAGAGGGAGAGAGAGAGGGAGCGCGACCGGGAGAAAGAGCGGGAGCGCGAGCGCGAGGAGAGGGAGCGCGAGCGCGAGGAGCGGGAGCGGGAGCGGGAGCGCGAGCGGGAGCGGGAGCGGGAGCGCGAGCGCGAGAGAGCGAGGGAGAGGGAGCGCGAGCGCGAGCGCCAGAGGGAGUGGGAAGACAAGGAGAAGGUUCGCGAGGACCGCAGGGAAAAGCGGGAAGACGUCCGAGAAGACCGGAACCCCAGAGACGGCCACGAGGAGAGAAAGUCCAAGAAGCGCUAUAGAAAUGAAGGGAGUCCUAGCCCUCGUCAGUCACCUAAGCGCCGGCGAGAGCAUUCUCCUGACAGUGACGCCUACAACAGUGGAGAUGAUAAAAAUGAAAAACACAGACUCUUGAGCCAGGUUGUUCGACCUCAAGAAUCACGUUCUCUUAGUCCAUCACACCUUACAGAAGACAGGCAGGGUAGAUGGAGAGAAGAUGAUCGUAAACCAGAAAGAAAAGAAAGUUCAAGGCGCUAUGAAGAGCUAGAUUUCAAAGAGAAGGUUUCUUCUGUAGAUAAGCAGAGAGAACAGACAGAAAUCACAGAGAGCUCCAGAACUCGUUCACAAGACCUGACAGGACACCACCCAUCCGAAGAUCGAGACAUCUCUGAUGGAGCUCAUGAGGAGAACAAGAGAAAAGCAAAGAUUCAAAAGAAACCUAUUAAGAGAAAGAAAGAUGAUGAUGUUGGAAUAGGGAGGGGAAACACAGAGACAGUGUCUGAAGAUGGUCAAGUAUUUUCACCAAAAAAAGGACAGAAGAAGAAAAGUGUUGAAAAAAAGCGUAAGAGGUCCAGAGGUGAUUCUGACAUCUCUGAUGAAGAAACCGUGCAGCAGAGUAAGAAGAAAAGAGGCCCGAGGACUCCACCUAUCACAGCCAAAGAGGAACUGGCUGACAUGUCCAAUGAAAAGGAUGGCGCUCUAGAGGACCCUCAGAAGAAAGAAGAUACAGCGUUCAGUGACUGGUCUGAUGAGGACGUGCCUGACCGCACGGACAUGACGGAGCCAGAGCAUGCUGCCACUGCCGCCACCCCUGGAAGGACCCCUUCCCCAUCUUCUCUCCCUCCUCCCCCGCCUCCUCUGGCUGCUGCCGCGACCACCCCUGCCGCGGCCUUCAGCACAUCGACCACCACUAUUUCCACUUCUGCCCUCCUCACCACCAAUACCUCUUUUACCAGUGAAGACUCCCAUAGGAAGUGCCACAGAACACGAGCGGAAAAGGUAGAGGCGCCUCAUGUUACUAUAGAAGACGCACCACAUCGCAAGCCAGUGGAUCAGAAGCGGAGCAGCAGCCUCGGCAGCAAUCGGAGUAAUCGCAGUCACACCUCUGGCCGUCUCCGCUCCCCAUCCAACGACUCUGCUCAUCGAAGUGGGGAUGACCAGAACGGUCGAAAGAGAGUGCUGCAUAGCGGCUCAAGAGACAGAGAAAAAACCAAAAGUCUGGAAAUCACAGGAGAGAGAAAAUCCAGGAUUGAUCAGCUAAAGCGUGGAGAACCUAGUCGAAGUACUUCCUCAGAUCGCCAGGAUUCAAGAAGCCAUAGUUCCAGAAGAAGUUCUCCUGAGUCAGAUCGACAGGUCCACUCAAGAUCGGGGUCGUUUGAUAGCAGAGAGAGGCUUCAAGAGCGCGACCGUUACGAGCACGAGAGAGAGCGGGAGCGAGAAAGGAGGGACGUGCGACAGAGAGACUGGGAGCGGGAUGCCGAUAAAGAUUGGCCCCGGAAUAGGGACCGGGACCGACUGCGGGAACGGGAGAGGGAACGGGACAAGAGGAGAGACUUGGACAGGGAGAGGGAGCGACUACUCUCCGAUGCCCUGGAAAGGGACCGGGAGAGGGACAGGGACAGGACGUUUGAGGGUUCUCAAGUAGAGUCUGUAAAACGCAGUGAAGUCAAGCUGGAGAGUGAACAUGACAGAGACCUAGAAGGCGGUUCCCGAGACUCUGGAGCUUUGGAUAAAGAAAGGCUGGAUAAAGAUCUGGGAUCUGUGCAGGGAUUUGAAGAUAUAAGUAAAGCUGAGAGGACUGAGAGUGUGGAAGCAGGAGACGAUGAAUCCAAGCUAGAUGAUGCCCAUUCAUUGGGAUCUGGUGCUGGAGAAGGAUACGAGCCAAUUAGUGAUGAUGAACUAGAUGAAAUUCUGGCAGGUGAUGCUGAAAAGCGGGAGGACCAACAGGAUGAGGAGAAGAUGCCAGAUCCGCUAGAUGUGAUAGACGUGGAUUGGUCUGGUCUUAUGCCAAAGCAUCCAAAAGAACCACGAGAGCCUGGGGCCGCGCUUUUAAAAUUCACACCUGGAGCUGUUAUGCUGCGAGUUGGCAUUUCUAAAAAGUUGGCUGGUCCUGAGCUCUUUACGAAAGUCAAAGAAACAUGUCAGAGACUUUUAGAAAAGCCCAAAGAUGUAGACAGUCUCUUUGAACAUGAACUCGGGGCUCUCAACAUGGCUGCAUUACUACGAAAAGAGGAAAGAGCAAAUCUGCUUAGUAACCUUGGACCGUGUUGUAAAGCAUUAUGCUUCAGACGGGAUUCUGCAAUCCGAAAGCAGCUUGUUAAAAACGAGAAGGGCACCGUAAAACAAGCUUAUACAAAUGCUCCAAUGGUAGACAAUGAACUGUUACGACUGAGUCUUCGAUUAUUUAAGCGAAAGACCAUGUGCCAAGCCCCAGGACCUGAAAAGACUGAAGAUAAUAAACUUUCACAGUCCAGUAUCCAACAGGAACUGUGUGUGUCUUAA